UUGGAGAAGGCUGUGAGGUCUGAGGUCGCAGCCACACCGCAGAUCUGACCGAGUGGAUUCCCUCUUCACACGCACAGGGAUGCACAUUGUCCCCAUCCCAUCCGGUCCAAUAGCCGCCGCGCACUGGUGGGCGUCUUUUCACACAAACUGGGCUGAAUCGGCUGCACAGUGACAGACAGACAGAAAGACAGACAGGCGCGUUGGAAAUGACUUCAGACAAAAUGCAGAGGAAACCUGUCCGGCUCAUAGCGGCGGCUUGUAAUAACCUGGGGAUCGGAAAGGAUGGACAGCUGCCUUGGCGUUUACCGUCUGAGUUCCAGUUCUUUCUGAGCAACGUCACGCGAGUGUCCCGGCCAGGAAAGAUGAACUUGCUGGUGUGGGGCAGGCUGUGCUGGUACUCCUGCCCACACUGUUUGUUCCCGAUGAAAAACACCCUGCAUGCAGUUCUGAGUAAGACACUGAGCGCUGCUCCUGAUCAUGCCCACUUCCUCUGUCGGGACUUUGAGAGCAGCGUCCCCCUCGCCGCGCUGCCUCCGCUGGCUGACGUGAUAGAGACCAUCUGGGUGGUUGGUGGGUCUCGGGUGUACGAGGAGGGGCUGAAGCAUCCUUGGUGCGACUUGGUCUACCUGACAGACAUCAUGGCUGACUUUGACUGCGACGUUUUCUUCCCUCAGUUUGAUAGAAAAGUCUUUAAAAUCCAAGACAGGUUUCCUGGUGUACCGAGUGAAAUCCAGGAGGAGAACGGCAUCAAGUACAAAUUCCAAGUUUUCAAGAGGGAGAUUUGUGACGAAGAGAAGGAGACAAACUGAGGAAAUCAUGAAGCGGCUACAGAAAACUGUCUGCACGUGUUCCUCCGGUGCCGUCUGCAUCCAAAAUGUUCUGCAGAAUCGGCUCCCAGUCAGACUGCAGAGACUUGAACCGGAACCCGCGAUGUGGUGUGACUGCACGAAUGCCACGGCUGUUGGUUUUAAAUUAAUGUUGAAGACCAAGUUUACACAUUAAUGCAGUCAUGUGACAUUUUAACCAGUGGAAGUGACAUUUGAAACACUGUGAGCAACAGCUGGCCAGUUGUAUGGUUGUUUUGCUGUAUUUUCCCAUUCUCUGCCAUUCGAUGGGAUACUGCAGCCUUCAUUUAUCAGCCUCUGCACUUCUUCUGUUCUUCCUGAGGGCUCAGACAUGCAGUUACAUCGCAAACAGCCCGUUUGCCAGACACACACACACACACACACACAUAAACACACACACGCACAGGACCACACACACUCCCUGCUGUCACCUUGUCCCCUGUCAGUUUUUCCAUCUUGUUCCCCUCUUCAGUGAUAUUGUGCCUGGACCAAAAACCAAUAUGCCUCUCAGUGAGGCAGCGAGCCGCUUGCGUCAGCGCUUGAUUCAUCCUCGCUGGGGGCAUCGCUGGGGGAUCUGUGCCUCUCUAAACCCUCACAACAGCACCGGGUUACAGACUGAAGGGUGAAUUACAGCUGUGGUUCGCCCACUGAGGCCGGAUAAUGGAGUGGAGCCGCAUUAAUUAACAGCCGAGUCCUUUACCAUGAGGGAUAUAUCAUCGCUGAGACGGGCUGAUGGAAAAAUGUUGCAUGAUGUCAUGUGGAGGACCAAAGUCUUAUGCUGUGAAUAAAAAGGCUGUCA